AUGGAGCGGCGGAGCGGGCCCGGGCUGGCGGCUCUGGGCGCUUUGGGCCGCCGGCUGCUCUGGGCUCUGCCCGCUUACGCCGCGGGGCUGCUGGGGCUGGGCGCUGGCGCCGUGGUGCUCGCUCUGGCGCUCUACGCGGGCUGGCGGCGGCGGCGGCGCGCCCGGGAGCGCGGGAUGCGCGCGGCCGAGCGCCUGCAGCGGGACGAGGAGGCGGCCGUGCGCGCCGCCGCCGCCGGGCUGGGCGCGGCCCGCGGGGAGCUGCCGGCCUGGGUCAGCUUCCCGGAUGUGGAGCGGGCGGAAUGGCUGAACAAGGUCCUGGCGCAGGCCUGGCCGUUUUUCGGGCAGUUCAUGGAGAAGCUGCUGCAGGAGAACGUGGCCCCGGCCAUCCGCGCCUCCAGCGCCCACCUGCAGACCUUCACCUUCACCAAGGUGGACAUGGGCCAGAAGCCCCUCCGUGUCCUGGGGGUCCGAGCCCACCCUGGAAGCCACAAGAAGCAAAUCCUGCUGGACCUGAACAUCAGCUACGUGGGUGACGUCCAGAUCGACGUGGAGGUGAAAAAGUUCUUCUGCAAGGCGGGGGUGAAGGGGAUGCAGCUCCACGGGAUGCUCCGGAUCAUCCUGGAGCCCCUCCUGGGGGACGUGCCCAUCGUGGGGGCGCUCAGCAUGUUCUUCAUCCGCCGCCCGGAAGAAAUGCAAGGUUCCCGCGCCGAGCACGCGGGAUGA